UGGCUCAUGAUUGCAGCGUGACUUUGAAACUAUGCCGCAUCCAGGGCCUGCAGGAGAACUCCAUCAUCUAUUCACCUCCCUUCCUCUCAGAUGAGUACUGGCCCACAGCUUCAGGAUCCUGCCCUAGCCUUUCGCCCACACUCAUGGUGGUUCUGUCCUGUCCGUCACCUCUCUAGAUUUCCUUCCAUCUGGCCAGGGCUAGGCUUUGCACGGGAGGCUGAUGUACAAACUAUCAGACCUUGAUUCUUUAUGAUGCGUAAAGUACUAACUUAGCUUCAGAGAGGCCCUGCCUCCUAUCCUAUUUGUUGAUCUGAGAAACCCCAUUAUCAAGGCCUCUGAUAGAAGGAAGGGUUUAUUUGAGCUUAUGGUUCCAGAGGAAUAAGUGCCCAUCAUGGCAGAAAGGCAUAGCAGGAAGCAGGAGGCCUGGCGGCUAGAGCAGAGUGCUGAGAGGUCACCUCGUGAACCACAAGGACAAAACAGAGAGGACAAAGCUUCCGUCAGCACUGUGUCUCACGUAGAUGAGCCCAGCCCACGUGAUGAAGCCUCUGGCCUUACAGUUCGCAUGGAAAACACCUACCAGCUAGGUCCCACCAGGCAUUUUCCUGUGGCCACUGUCAAUCGCAUUUUGAAAGAUGUACUAACUGCCUAUCUACAAGAAGCAGAGUAUGACCCAGAGUUCUGCAGAGAGAUGACUAAGACAGUUUCUGAGGUUAUUAAAGCCAAGGUCAAAGAACUGAUGAUUCCCCGGUAUAAACUAAUUGUGACCGUUUACAUAGGACAACGAGAUGGUCAGAGCAUCCUUAUUGGCAGCAGAUGCCUCUGGAAUCCUAAAAGCGAUACCGUGUCGUCCUACGCCCUCAGAAAUUCUACUCUCUUUGCUCUGGCAAAUGUCUAUGCGGUUUACUUUGAGUGACCGACAUGAGGCUUACAUUCCCGGUGUUUUCCAAUCAUGAAGCAGGCUGUCAGUCUCUCUUCACGGAAGUUCUACUAGCAACAUUUGUGAGAAGGAAACAAGAUGAACAGCUGGAACAACUGGAAGCCUCCAUCACUCCAGCGAGAACUGGUGGAGGGGAGGGCAGCCCAAGAAAGAACCUUGUUUCUCCAAAAACGCAGUUGAGUGUGGGUCACAUAAACAUGGAUGUUGACUAAAUA